AUGGAGGACUCUCUGAACUGCCAGCAAUGGUCGGUAGAUUCACUAUUCGACGAGCUGAGUUCCGUGUCGAUGGCGUCUAUAUUUUGCGAAGAUUUCGAUCCGUCUUGUUACUACAACAACUAUUCCCAGCCGGACUUGAAGCGGGCCCCGCAUGAAUGGUGUUCCGAAUUAGUCGGAGGAGAAGACGGUAUAAUUAGGCCAUUCAAGCAGAUCAAAUCCGAAAACAAGCCGAACUCACCACCCCCGACAACAAUCGAGAAGCCUAAACAAGAAACAUGGUAUGGUAGUACUAUAACCUUCGGACAACAAAAUAAUUACGUUGUUCCGAAAUCAUACGAACAUGCUAAAGGUACUACAAUCACAACCAAGAGUACUACUACUAUGACUACUACUGCUACUAGGGUUCCUUCAGCACAAGAACGCAUGUUGGCCGAGAGGAAACGUCGAGAAAAACUCACUCAGAGAUUCAUUGCCUUGUCUGCUUUAGUCCCUGGAUUGAAAAAGAUGGACAAGGCUUCGGUUCUCGGAGAUGCAAUAAAGUACUUGAAGCAACUACAAGACAAAGUGAAGAUUCUCGAAGAGCAACAAAACAACAACAAGAGAAAGGUGGAAUCGUCUGCGGUCUUUGUCAAGAAACAUAAACUAGAUCAUGCAUUAUCGGACGAGAGCAUCUUCGGUACUACUACGAUUGACGAUCAGUCGCUAAUAAUCCCGGAAAUCGAGACAAGAUUGUGUAAUAAGGACGUCCUUAUUCACAUCCACUGCGAGAAAAAGAAGGGAGUUUUGGAGCACCCUGCCAUCGAAGUCGAAAAGCUCAACUUGUCGGUUGUCAACACCAGUGUGAUCACUUUCGGAGAUUCUGCUCUCUACAUAUCACUAGUUGCACAGAUGGACGAAGUAUCCACUUUAGACAUGAAGGAACUAGUGAAGAAUUUACGCCGCGCGAUUUCGAAAUAUUCGAGUUAAAAAUGAAGUCUUUACUACUUGCCAGCCUGUCACUUCUCCACCGUUCCAGAUUAUAAUCUAGAAGCUUCUUUUGCUAAGGGGGGUUCGUUUUGAAGAAGGGUUUGUUAUUUUUUUUCGAAGUUAUUACAACUUUUUUUUCAUGGCUUCAGUUGCUGCUGGCCAUGUUACUUAAUUACCCUUCUGUUGUGAAGUGUAACUAAUACCCCUCAUAGCUUUAAUUUAUUCUUCUAUGGUGCCAAUCCCUAGAGCCUGUAAAUGGGCAAAAUGGGAAUUUAGGGGUGGUGGAUAUAGAGACAGGAACUUUGUAGCACAUAGGUUGUUUUUUUAUCAGUGUUUUAGAGGCCCUUUGAGAAUGUGUUCUUGGGUCUUUUUUCCUGUGUAUUUGUUCUACAAUAUAUUUGUAGCAUUUGUUCAGA